AUGAUCCUUGUCCAAAGAAGUAUUAACACCGGGUUAAUUUUCGCGUACUUUCCUCCACCGCCAGCCACCACCGCCGUAACCGUUGCCAUCGCCGACAGCUGCCUCCAUCAUCCUACUCCUUGGACCUCAUUUCCAUCCGAUCCACCUUUGAUCCACAUCGCUGUCAUCAAUUGUUCAUCUCAGAUUUACAUCGCCAAGGUCUUCCAGCCACCGUUGCGGCUCUUGUCACAACACCGCAUCUCCGCUGCUUACACCGCCGCCAUUCUUGCGUGUAGAUGCACAAGAUCGUCGCUGCCGUUUGAUGUUGCUUUGUUAGUUCCCUUACUAGCCCCAGUUUUGUCAUUGCAGCAUAUCCUUUUUCCCAUAUCUAGGCCUUUUAAAGAUAAUUUUGCCACCUUGAAAGAGACAGAAUUUGCUGUCAAUACUCUCCAAAGAGCCGAACUGCAAAAUAUUUUAAGCAACAAUGGAAUUGGAAUUGGUAAUUCGGUACGGUUCAUUGAUUUUUGCCUUCAUGCAAUAAAUUAUCCAUUUCAUUCUAAUGCUAUGUGGUAUGAGAAUGAAACGUCAAAUUAUAUGAUCAAUGGUUUCAAUUCAGCUAAUUUUAUAGGAUCAAUAAUUAAGUGGAAAGAGCUUAAUCAAACUUAUGAUAUGGCUGAAAAAUGCUUAACAACAAACUACUUUGCUUAUCCUUUGCUUUGCUUCAGUAGCUUAUCCUGAUGUAGUGUUUUUAAUGUAUGAAAGUUGUGCUCUCUAGCAUUUUGUUAUUAUAGCUAUCAUGUAUCAUGUAAUAUGAUAAAUAUUAUAAUUAUUCUUAAUAAAGUUUGAUUUAUCCAAAAUGCUACAACUUCUCAUUUUAUUUGAUCACUCUUUCUUCAAUCUGUUGUUAAGAUCAGUAACAUGAAGGUCUCUUAGGAGCAUAUAUAACUAUGACAAAACAUUAAUUAAAAGAAUGCAAAUCCUUCUCAAUGUUCAUGCAUAUGCUAUGGCCUCAUAUGCAGAAACAGAAUGAGAAAAGGGGAGGCUUCAUUCCCUAUAGAACAAAAAAUGUAAUGUAAAAUAGAAAAGCAUUUCAAGCUUUGACAAUUGUUUCAAAGAGAGAAUAGAAUAGAAAAACAUAGUGACUGAUCAGGCUACAUAAUAAUAAUAAAUAAAAUAUUGUUCUGGCAUUAACUUUUUGUAUCUGAUAGCUAGUUUUGUCCACACAUUUAAAAGCUUAUGAUACGGUGUUAAAGAAACAAUUGAGGCAUUUCUUCCUUUGCUUCAGUAGCUUAUCCCGAUGUCAUGUCAUGCCAUCUUAUUCUUGUGUCAAAUAGAAUUAUUACAAUUAAUAGCAAAACUGCAGAGAUGCACACAUAUAAAGUUUAUAGCUUAUUCUGUUAUUGUUACAAUUAAUUUGUUACUUUG